ACAGAUGGAAAGGGGGCGGGAUGUUCGAUACCGUGGAGUUCGUCGGCGGCCGUGGGGGAAAUAUGCAGCAGAGAUACGGGACCCCUCUAGGCCUUGUGCUCGUUUGUGGCUGGGAACGUUCGAGAAUGCAGAGGAUGCUGCACGUGCAUAUGACAGAGCUGCCUUUGCAUUGAGGGGUCAUUUGGCUAUUCUCAACUUCCCAAACGAACAUCGACUGCAAAGCUCAUCAGCUCCUACUGAGAAUACUGAGAAUGCUGAGAAGGGAAGUUCAUCCUCCACGAGAACAGAGAAGGUGGUUAUCGAGUUUGAGUACUUGGACGACAAAUUAUUAGAGGAGCUUCUUGAGUCGGAAUGA